AUGGACAGAACACAGCAAGAACUGAAAUCACUGGGAGUGUUCGGCAUCUACAGAGAAGGCCACAGAAUCAUGGCCCCGUUUCGAAACAUCUUCAAUCAGGUUACUAUAGCUUUCAUUCUCCCGCUAUCCUUGAUCUACCUCUCCGAAAUGGAGAUUUCCAGCAUACUGUUCUUUCGAAUGGCAUUCAGAACAUUAGAUGAUGGCAACCAAAACACAUCCUCAGACUGGGCCAGUUAUGUUCUUUUCAAGCUUGCCUACUACACUUUCCUUCUUAUCUUUUCCCUCCUCUCGACAUCUGCUGUUGUUUACUCCAUUGCUUGCAUCUACGCUCAUCGCGACAUUUCAUUCUACAAAGUCAUAUGUGUGGUGCCACAAGUUUGGAAGCGCCUGAUCAUCACAUUCCUUGUCACUUACGGAUUGACUUUCAUCUACCUUGUGGUCGCAGUUUUAACCUUGGGUAUCUGUUUAGCGUUCGGUGGAACUGCCUCUGUAGUCCUUUUUUUCACCUUCUUGAUCAUAUACAUAAUUGGUUUCGUCUAUCUUACCAUUUUGUGGCAGCUGGCUAGUGUCAUCACCGUUUUAGAAGAUUCCAGCGGACUCAAGGCGGUGAAGAAGAGCAGGAAGUUGAUCAAAGGAAAGAUUUGGGUUGCUCUGGCCAUCUUUGUGGAGUUGAUUGUUGUUGUUGGGGUAAUACAAUUUGUGUUCUAUGUUUAUGUAGUGUAUGGAGAUCUCUGGGAGAUGUGGAAGAGGGUUCUUGUUGGAAUCUCAUGCCUUGUACUACUUGUGCCAGUAUUUCUCUAUGGCUUGGUUCUUCAAACGAUCAUCUACUUUGUGUGCAAGUCGUAUCAUAAUGAAAUGAUCGAUAAGCCUGCCAUGUCUGACCAUCUUGGAGGGUAUGAACGUUUGUAUCAACCAAAUGAGGUGCAGAUGGAACAAGUCUGA